AUGGGCUCCACGGCCACUUCAAGUUCUGAGCAAGCCACUGGCUUGAGCAACGACGUGCUUCUCAUAACGAUUCCCUCCCCUCCAGACGAGAAAUGGAUCACCGAACUCGAGCGCAGAUACCCCGGCUUAAAAGUGCGAUGGGUUACCCAGCCAUACAACCCGAAUGCAGAGCCUCUGCCCCCUCAACUUUAUGACGGCGUCACCAUCCUCGUCUCGCUCCUCACCCACCCAGCCGAGAUGCUGCCAAAGGUCCGGCUCGUCCAGCUGCCUUCUGCCGGCGCAGACCGGUGGAUCACGCAUGAUCUGUACAAGAACCCAGACGUCACCUUCUGUACUGCAAACGGCGCUCACGCUCCUCAGAUCGCGGAAUGGGUGAUCGGCAGCUGGCUCAUGAUGAGCCACCGCUUUCUGGACUACGCGGCUGAGCAAAGCAAGCAGAGCUUUGCCCGGUUGGAUCACCACGAUCUGGGCGUCUACGACUCGCCCGGCUUGCGCAUGGGGAUCCUCGGCUAUGGCGCCAUCGGGCGACACUGUGCCAGGCUGGGGCAAGCCCUGGGCAUGAAGGUCUACGCCUACACACGCAGCGAGAAACCAACCCCUGCAUCCCGCAGAGAUGACAGCUACUGCGUGCCUGGCACAGGGGAUCCGGAAGGGGUGAUUCCGGCCAAGUGGUUCCACGGCUCGUCGAGGGACGACGUCAACCAUUUCCUAGCUCAGGACCUCGACCUGCUGGUGGUGAGCCUGCCGCUGACCGAGGCUACCAAAUACAUCCUCGGCCGCGAGCAGUUUGAGAUUCUGUCCAAAAAGAAGACGUUCGUCUCCAAUAUUGCCCGGGGCAAACACAUCGACCCGGACGCACUGCUGGACGCGCUGAGGGAGGGCAAGAUCCGAGGCGCAGCUCUCGAUGUAACUGACCCCGAGCCGCUCCCUGACGGACACCCCCUGUUCACGGCACCCAAUUUGUUCAUCACACCCCACGUCAGCUGGCGGAGUCCCCGGGUGUUUGAGCGUAUCCGGGCCGUGAUCGAUCACAAUCUGGAGAGCUUGAGCAAGGGGCAGCCGCUGCUCAACGUUGUGAAUAGGGAGCACCACUACUAG